GUGACUACAAAUUGGACAACCUGUCGCUGUUUGGGACGACGAAGGCACUCAGAUGGAUUAACGUGUCUUUCGCUCGCAUGUUAGGGCGGCCGCAGGAAGGGAACGAGGUGGUUCUGUUUAUGGGCUUGCUGAUAGACCUUGUUACCUGGCUGCCGGUUGUUGCACCUAUGUCCAUGGGCAUUCUCCAGGCGGCGUUACUAAUUCUUAUGAGCAAGAUGAAGCUACGAGGUGCUUCUCAGCUGACGAGCCAGUCCAGGCGGCGUCGGCGAUUGCUGCUGUGGGCUGUCCUAGUUGCCUUCCUGAUUGUUUAUGCUCUCUGGUUUAUUGGGCCAACGAAACGUCUCCUGGAUCCAUCCCAGAUCGUUCCAUUUAUUAAAGGAAAGGCAGAUCACCAUCGUUACAGUUUUUAUGACACAAAGGCAUUUAGUAUUGCCACAGCGUCAGCAGAGAUACUAACAAUGGUGGUGGCAGCGUUGCUGCUUAUUUCUAGGCCCCCAAUAGUUGCCAACCUGACAAAUACUCCUUGGGGCCGCUGUCUGCUAUCUCUUGCAAAAGUGAUUUCAGUCUUAAUCUUGGCUUUUGGUUCGGUUCUGGUCAUAUGGCCACCUGCACUUACAACUGGCGGUCAUGUAGUGGACCCAAAUAGUUUCAUCAUAUCAUUCACAACACUGGUACUAUCCCUUGGCAGUCUACAAUCUCCGCUACAAAAUACAGAUAAUCCUAGUAGUCUGUCAGUUGGGCGCUGGAUCGAUGUGAUCCUGCACAUAUUGUUCCUUUGCUAUAUGACGGUGGAAAUCCCAAUUCUUGUUUUGAGUGAUCUUUUGGGAGCCCGUCUAUUCGCAUACCUCGCUGCUGGCUUAUCAUUCAUCCUCUUGGUAGCUGUGCUGCUGAUUGAGAACUUCCUUAUCCCAGCAGCUGUCAUUCAGGUCGUGCUCUCAUCUUUGCGAAUCCAAAGGCUACAUUCUGAUUAUCACCGGCUGUCGAAGGAGGACAGUCCUAGCCCAAACAUGCUGCCAGCUAUUGAAGUCUUCUACGUGCUGGCAAUAUGCCAAGGGUCAUUCUACAUCACGGCAAGCAUCAUCGGGCUCUUCUCCUUCUUCCCACGUAGAAUGCUUGUCCGUCAGUCAAAACUCAGAGGUCAGCAGGGAGCAAAAGCCAUCGAUCUGUACUACGAGUCUGCCUACCUGACAUGCAUGGAAAUUGGCUUGUUUUCUACAAGGAAGACGGUGAGCCUCGCCCGCUUCGCCAAGGAGUCCCUAAGCUCCAAGACAAGUGAUAGAAUACAGCUAGCUGGUGUUCUUAUUCUUGACAGCCUCCUACAUGAAAACAAGGAAACCAAAUCCAGUCAACACUUAAGGACAAAAAUCAUCAGGUCCAAUAAGACAUUGUCCACAUUGAUUUGCAUGCUUGGCUGGGAAGAUGUCAGACACCGUGAUACCAGGCUUACUGCCGCUAGGGUCAUCGCCAACAUUGCUGAUAGACUUACAGUUGCAGAGAUCCCGGGUACAUUGAAGAUGGUGUCUUCGCUCCUUGAUGCCGGUAAUGACCUCCCAGCAGAUCAAGAAGCUUCAGCACAAAUAGCUUCUUGCAGUGGAGGAAAUGCAGGUAGCCAACAUACCGAUGGACAACUGGGUAGGCAUGAUAAACAAGGAGGCUGCUAUUGGGUACGCCGCUAUUGGCAGAGGAUGAAAGACAAGUGGUCUAUUCUGGAGGAGCUGCCCUUGACUCAUCAGGACUCACUCCCCAUACUAGGCAUGGCAAUUCUGGAGAAGCUUGCUCAUGAUCCUGACAAUUGUGCAGAAAUUUCCAGAGCCACGUACCUCAUUUCCAAGAUUAUAGGCCUCAUAAGCUACACAACCGACAGCAAAAGUAGCAACGAUGAGCAGCAGCGUGCAGUGAUAUGUGCAUCGCUGAAUUUCGUGAGGAGGCUUGCAAGCACCGGGGAGAACAUUGGUGUGGAACUUCGGCAACAGCUAUGCAACAACUUCUUUUUACUGAACAACCUCGAAUGUGUCUUGGAGGACAGCCGCAGCAGCCCUGAGAUAAUGAAACUGGUGAUUGAUACCUUGACCAAGCUGGCCUUGGAUGAGGAUGCAAGGAAAGAGAUUGGGAGCUGCAAGGUGACUAUUAGCAAACUCAUGCAUGCAUUUAUUGGGAAGGAUGGAGCAAGCAAUAAUUACUAUGAUCAGUCCCUGCGAAUGGCCGCAGGUGAAGCACUUGCAAACCUUACAAUAGAGAGUCCUGCAAAUUGCUUGGUUAUCUUGGAGGAACCAGGAUAUGAACUUAUCAAGGAUCUCAAAGACAUGCUGUGUGAAGAUGAGUACAAAUACGUCGCGGCAAGUCUACUCCAGAAUAUCUGUACGCAUGCCAAAGAUAAACUGUGGCAUCAAGAUGCAGGCAAUCACCUGUCAUCUGCCUUCCCAAUUCAGGUGAUGAAAAAUAUAAAGUUUGAGGAGGGAAAACACCUGGAGGUCCUAAUCGGUAUCAUAUCACAAAUCUGUGACAUGAUACCGGAACCAUCUAUACAUGAUCAGCUACAGCUACAAACCAACAAAUCAGAGCUUGUUCAGAAGCUGGUGGGUGCACUCAACUCCAACAGAAAACCAAGUCCUGAAUACCCUAGGAUGAGAAGGGUCAUAGUUGAGAUGACGAUAUCAAUUGUGAAAUUAUGUCCUCGCUACGCCACUAUUUUGAGAGAAGGGCGGAUGAUGGAAGCACUGACCAAAAUAGAAAUGACCCCAUCAAAAGUGGAGAAUUACAGGGUCUUUUAUGGCAACAUAGGUGUUGUUCUGGAGAGUGGCCCGUCUUUGACUGCUCUGGUGGCCACAGCAAAAAGGUUAAUUCAUUCUGCAGCUCCACCACUUAAUCUUGAGACCAUGCCUGAUUAAUCAUCAAGGGUGAACAAUAUUUUUUCCUCGAAUACGCAAAAGAUUUGUGCAUCAUUGUAAUUAAAAAGAAGAAUGGAAGCAUACAAAUGACGCGCUUCUGAUAAGCGUCCUAGGAGGUCAUCCUAGCAAUCAAUUUCAAGCGUGAAUAAUAUUCAUACGUGUGGGUGUGGUAAUGGGGUGUGCAUUGUGUUCCAGGCCUUGUGGAUUGUGUGUGGAGAUACCAUGAAUUUCCUCAUAUUAUCUUGUACCCCUGAACACUUUUG